UAACAAAAAAUCCAUACAACCUACAUAGUAAGAAAUAAACCAAAAAAAAUAAAAAUUAAGGAUGAAGAUCAUCGUACUCUUUUUAUCACUUGCAUUUCUUUUCUUGUCUACCGUAGCCACUUGUACCACUGAUACACCAAAUAAAGAAUUUCCAACUAUAAAAGACACAGAGGGUAAUCCCCUAAACAAAAACUCAAGGUACUUUAUAGUUUCGGCUACAUGGGGAGCUGGCGGCGGAGGCGUUAAGCUUGCUAAUCUCGGAAAUCAAGAUCAGAACAACUGUCCCACAUCGGUGGUGCAAUUCCGAAAUGACCUUGAUGAUGGUAAAGCAGUCUACAUCAUACCUAAUCAUCACAAACAUGAUAUCAUUACUGAGAAGUCUACCGUACACAUCAAAUUCUAUCUUGAUUCUCCGACUUGUUCUGACUAUGCCAUGUGGAAGGUCGACAACUUUCCUGAACCCGCGGAGAAAUACCCUAUAAGCACAGGUCGUUCCAGGAACAUGAACGUCCAAUUUCAGAUUAGGUCACUCAGUGACUCGACGUAUAAGCUAGUGUUUUGUCCCCAAGGAAAUAAACUUACUUGCCAAAAUGUUGGCAUUGCUUCCGAAAAUGGAUUUAACCGUUUGGUUCUCACAGAGAAUGCAAAGGCAUUUGUGUUCAAAAAUGAAAAGAGAAUCGGGAUGUCAAUCGUGUAAUCUUCAAAACCUUAUGAGACUAUUUCAAAUUAAAUAAUGUAAGAGCUAUGUAAUGCAGGGCCUUAGUGCUUAUGCAUGCUAUGUUUUGUAGAUGAAAAUAAAAUAAAAUAAAUAAAUAAUGUAUCGUAUGACCAUGCAUGCUUUAUUUGUUCCAUGUGA